AUGCCUCCAUCGCCACCGAGCUACCCAUCGCCUUGGAUGAAUCCCGAGGAGGUGGGCUGGAAAGAGGCCUAUGAGAAGGCCAAAUCCUUUGUCUCCCAGUUGACACUGAUGGAGAAAGUCAAUCUGACGACUGGCACUGGUUGGGAGAGCGAUCAGUGCGUCGGAAACACUGGGUCUGUGCCCAGAUUGGGCUUCAAUGGCUUCUGCACCCAGGAUUCUCCCGUUGGCGUCCGUCUAGCCGACUACAACACGGUAUUUCCUGGGGGACUGACCGCGGCUGCCACGUGGGAUCGUGCCCUCAUAUACGCUCGUGGUCUGGCGAUGGGCCAGGAACAUCAUGGUAAAGGCAGCACUGUCCAACUCGGCCCGGUGUGUGGGCCGAUAGGCCGCGUCCCUGAGGGCGGUCGGAACUGGGAGGGAUUUUCGCCGGAUCCAGUCCUUACAGGUGUUGGGGUUGCUGAGACUGUCAAGGGUAUCCAGGACGCCGGUGUGAUUGCAUGUGUUAAGCACUUUAUCGGUUACGAGCAGGAGCAUUUCCGGAGCGCCGGUCAGGAUGGAGUUGUUGCAUCGUACUCGUCCAACAUUGACGACCAGACCAUGCACGAGCUGUACCUUUGGCCCUUUGCCGAUGCCGUCCGCGCCGGUGUUGGCUCAGUUAUGUGCUCAUACAACCAGAUCAACAACUCGUACGCAUGCCAGAACUCGAAGGUGCUCAACGGCUUGCUCAAGAACGAGCUCGGGUUUCAGGGCUUCGUUAUGAGCGACUGGACUGGUCAGCUUACUGGCGUCGCGAGUGCUGCGGCUGGUCUCGACAUGACGAUGCCGGGAGACACUGCGUUUGACUCGGGUCUGAGCUUUUGGGGUGCGAACCUGACGUUGGCUGUGGUCAACGGCACCGUUCCCGAGUGGCGGAUCGACGAUAUGGCCAUGCGGAUCAUGGCUGCCUACUUCAAGGUUGGCCGUACUAUUGAGAACCAAGUGCCGGUCAACUUUGACUCGUGGUCCUUCGCAACAGAAGGACCCCUCCAUUUUGCCGCGGACGAGGGCUACCAACAGAUCAAUUGGCACGUUGAUGUGCGUGGCGACCAUGCGAAGGUGGCCCGGCAAGUUGCUGCUGAAGGCUCCGUGCUGUUGAAGAAUAACGGCAUCCUUCCCCUGAAGAAGGUGAAACAGGUGGCAGUGAUCGGAUCCGAUGCCGGCCCGAAUUUGGACGGUCCCAACGGUUGCAGCGAUCGGGGUUGUGAUACCGGCACUCUGGGCAUGGGCUGGGGCUCUGGCACUUCCAACUUUGCCUACCUCGUAACACCUGAUGCCGCCAUCCAGGCCCGGGCCAUCCAAGAGGGUUCGGCGUACCAGAGCAUCUUCGACGACUACACAACCGACGAUUCUGACUCGCAACAAGGCAAUGGCCUAACCGCCAUCCCGGAUUUGGUUUCACAAGCCGAGACCGUAUCCAUUGUCUUUGUUAACGCUGACUCGGGCGAGGGCUAUAUUACUGUUGGCGGGAAUGCAGGUGACCGCAACAAUCUGACCCUUUGGCACAGCGGCGACGACCUGAUCAAGAAUGUGUCGGCUCUGUGCGACAAGACCAUUGUGGUGAUCCACUCUGUUGGCCCUGUGGUUGUCGAGGACUGGUACAGGAACCCGAACGUAUCCGCUAUUGUCUGGGCCGGUAUCCCGGGCGAGCAAUCUGGUAACGCUAUCGUGGAUGUCCUCUACGGAGACGUCAACCCGUCAGGCAAGAACCCAUUCAGCUGGGUGAGUGAUCGCACUCAGCUGCCCGACGUCCUGUACAAACCCAACAACGGGGAGCUGGCACCGCAGAUCGACUUCACCGAGGGCGUCUUCAUUGACUACCGCGCUCUGGACAAGGCCGACAUCACGCCCACAUUCGAGUUCGGUUUCGGCCUCAGCUACACUACGUUCGAAUACUCCAACAUUCGGGUCAAGAAUAACAGGGUGCCUCCGUAUGUGCCGAGCUCAGGAAAGACCAACCCUGCGCCUACCUUCGGCGCCUUCAGUACCCAUUUGUCCGAUUACCUGUUCCCAAGCACCUGGAAAAACGUGAUGUACUACAUCUACCCGUACUUCACCAGCAGCGACCCCGCCAAGAUUGCGGGCACGAGCAACCUCCAGCCUGCUUCCAAGUUCCUGCCACCGCAUGCCAAUGAUGGAAAAUCUCAGCCUCUAUUGCCCGCCGGUGGCGGGCCUGGUGGUAACCCACUUCUCUAUGAAGAGCUGUACACCGUGACAGCCUCCAUCAAAAACACGGGUUCCAUCGCCGGCGCCGAGGUCCCGCAGCUGUACAUCAGCCUUGGAGGGCCCAAGGACCCCAAGGUUCAGUUGCGUGGUUUCGAUAAGCUGUUCCUCAAGCCGGGCGAGACGGGAGAGUUCUGUGCUAAGCUUACCCGUCGGGAUCUAAGCAACUGGAAUGUUGUCACUCAGGACUGGGUUAUCAGCGACCAUCCAAAGAAGGUGUAUGUGGGGUCUAGUUCAAGGAAGCUGCAUCUUAGUGCUGAGCUCUAA